CAACUUAGUCCUAGCGAGAAAGCCGCCAUGUCGACAAACGACGAUCUCCUGGCAUGCACCGUCGGGGACAGCAGGACCGUUACCGCUGAAUCCAGCGGCCUUGCCCAAAGCGCCGUAACCACGGAUCCCGUCCAGGUUCAUCACCCCGAACCGUUCCCCCUGCCACAGGUGAACAUGCAGAGCGAAGGACGCCUAGUGUCGACACCCAGCAGCGAGAAGAGCGUUCUCACACUGGGCGCCGAGAAAGGGCUGGGCAAGAGUGGCCUCACAGUCAGCAUCGUCGUCGAGCCGGUGGACCCAUCCGCGGCGGCUUGCGUGGACGAUGACCCCUACACCUGCAAAACACCCACACCCGCCGAGGAAGACAUGGUUCGAAGCCUAAUUAUGAACGCUGAGCUGCGCAAGGAAGAGUUCGCCAAGCUGCUCGAAGAGCAUGCCCAGAUCGUCAUGGAGAUCAACAAGGCCGAGAACAGCCUGGCAUAGCCGCUCGUGGCGAGAAGAGAAUCGCCACUGUUACCGCCACCAUUGCCACCUCCAGCGCCACUUCACGGCUGGGGGCAGAACCGCCUCCUAGGCCAACGUAGCACCACCAACACCAGACGACGGGCGUCUCCCGCAAGAUGUCGUGCCACGGGGCAUCCCACUAGAAGGACGACGUCUCAUCACAAAACCUUUUCAGUUGAUUUCCUGGACCCUUCGCGGGUGAGGUGUUCUGAAUGAAAGGAAAAAAAAACCACUGGGCUCUUCUUAAAGCGGGGAACAUUUGUUUUACUCUAGCGCACCUUCCAGUGCUCGGAGUUGACGUCCUGACGCAUUGCCAAGCGCGUCGGUGGGCGUCUCGUUUUGUUUUGUUCGAAUCACAUUGCACAGUGGGAGUUGGCUCUUAUAGUAAUCGCACUUGUCUAAAGUUAACGAGCGAAGAUGGAGGCUUCCCUCUGGUUUCCCGAGUUUGAAAGUUCGCAGAGGGCCGUUAUUUUUCGGUACUACCGACUUAACUACUCUUGUUUAGCGCUAAGCACUAACAAUGAACAACUUCGCAUGCGAAAUUCCUAGUCCUCACUUGUAGCGAUUCGUAUGGGUGCCAUGAGUCUGACAAAAACCGCUGGUGGUAGUGAGAACGGGAGCUGGUUUCAGCAUUUUUUUAAAGUCGCCAGUAUUGUUGCUGGCGCUUGUAAAAUGUACAAACUUUCGCCUCGAUGACCCAACCGUUACACUGAAAAGCACUUUGGCCACGCAAAUGAGCUUUGUAGAGUGACGUCAGCAGGAUCUUCAGCGUCAGAGUAGCUGGCAAGUCUGUCUGUGGUCGCCUCACAGGAAGUGACGUAGGCACAGUGUUAGUAGAACGACUGCCUGUUUAUGCACUCUUUAUUACCUAUGCGGCCGGUCCACGGUUUAGACCAGAAAGAAUACACUUAAAACCCGAUUAGAGCACAGUCGCUUCUGAUAAGUUUACACAUGUCGAGCAUGAAGGAUACAGCAAUGUGGCUUGAUAACCUCUGACAGUAGCCUCCGCCUGAGGUUAAGCUCGAAAGUAGCGUAAGUUUGUAUUUAUUGGCACGAGUAACAAACAACACUGUGCAUCGACGUAGGAGAACAUCCACAUAGUUUUGUCACGUGUGUCAUGACAUCAUUCGCUCUCACCUGCGUUUUUACGUCGCGUAAUCGCAAGUUGGCAUGAUGCAUUAGCUCUUCACUGGCGCUGUGCGACUCGUGCGUAAUCGUACGUCGUAAGGGCCUAAUUGGCAGCUUGGAUUGUGCGAUGUUCGCCCAACGAUAUCAGAAUUAAGUGCAUGCAUUUACGUUCACUGUAGUGACGUGGUUAUGUUAACCGGUUUGAGAAAGAAAAUCAUGUUCACAGAAGUGGCAGGUAAACCGGUUACUUUGCGUCUGGCUAGGUAAAUUAACGCCAUUACGGGUGUGAAGAUUUUGUGCGGUUCGUCGAUACUCCUUGUGAUUCUUCUUUUUAUCGCAGUUUUAUAACAGCUGCGGGCAACGUAAACAUAAGUGUUACUCUGCCACAGGACUACUCUUAUUGAAUAUGCGAUGAAAUACCGUGCUGUGAAGGUGCAAGCGACCCUUUAUACUGAUGUCUGGUGCAGUGCAAACUUAGCCAGUUCGGACUGAAUAAUUGGCCUUUUCUAUUGCAAAACACACAAUACGACACAAUACGAAUGCUUAUUACUCUGGCCUGGAGUGCAGUCUGCGAUCAGAUGUCCUCUUCGGCUGAAAUUACGCUGGGUUCCUCGUUCAAGUUUUUAUUGAACAGUACCACUAAGUGGUGAAAGUUAAAUCCGCUGACUCACUGACCGUAAACAUUGUCUUUGUAUAACGUUACUGUCGGCUAAGCUAGUUUACCAAAUGUGGGAGUCUUCUGAGCACGAAGUUUGCAAAACUACAGUUCUGAUUAGACGACCGCGGUCACGUCAAUCCUUUAAGCUUUUGCAGAGAUCUUUGACUGAUUCGACUCUUGUCGACCGUUUUUCGGCUACUGGUUAUUUUGUUCUUGAACAUCUUGAACACAUCACAGAUACCACAAGGACACCAGAAGAGCUAAGGACACACCGCAGCGCUGUGAUUGUUCGGGUGUCCUUGUAUAUGCUUGACGUUUAAGAUGUUCAAGGACCAUUACCAACCAGCCUAGCUAUAGAUUCCUCGACAGAUUCCUUUGUUGUGCCUGUUUUUUUUCUGUUUAGUUGACACCGCAUGGGUGCUUUUUUUUUUUGCCACCAUGCCGCCCUCAUAACCUUAUCUCCAGAAACCCACGCUUUUGUUUUUUCCUCAAGUCGUAGCAUGGGGUGUAUACAAAAAAAAAUAGACCCACGUCUCUAUCUGUCAACCCGGUGUGAACUUAGAACGACACAUGUCGGGCCUGCACCAAGUAAUGCUCAGGCGUUGUAUUUAAAGCAGCACAAAUGUGAUGUCCUCUUAUAUAAACAACUGUCCGGAUCACGAAGGUUGCCAGAUCUAUAUUUUUUUCUCCUCCACAUUGAUCUUGUCCUUCGUGUCGGACACCUCUGCCGUUUCGUGUCUUUACUUUGGCUGCCAAUCUUUGUGUUCGUGUUAUCCAAAUUUAUAUUUUUCGCUGCUUUCGACGAAUAUGGUUGUGUGCUCUCGCUAGAUUUCCCGAGUGUUGCAGUCACUCUUGUAGCGAUGUACAUAGCGUCUAUUGUACAUUUUUUUUUCUUCAUUUGUUGUUUCAUUUUUGUCCAACUUAGCUGAAACGACGUCGGGUCGUGUUCAUAGUGUACACGUAUAAUAUAUGUGUUAGAGGCGUCGUUUCUAUUUUUUGAAUACAUAAUUUUUUUUGCCUUUGUGGUAACCAGCGUGAAUACACUAUGUGAAUAGUUGUCAUGUCAAGCGGUUGAAAUGAAUAACGCGUGUAAAGUGAUGUUUGUGAUGUAACUGUAUGUACACAACCGAUAGAACCGUAAUACCCUGCAGCUCGUAGCUUUCUUUGGGAGGUGACGUUUUGUUCGUUUUUUCACAGCUUUAUCGUGUGAGAUUGAUUGCUUGCAGAAUAAUAUAUUUUGGGAUAUGCACGACUGAUCGCCAUUGCUUCACUGGGUGUUAUAAGCGUAGCGGAUAAGUUAUCUGGCCGUUUGACCAACGCGUUCAAUUUAACUAGGGUAGGCGCUCUCAUAAAUUGCAUCUCGGUACGCUGUAAUCGACCAUAACACGUUAAAAUAUACUUCGUGAUGUACAAGUACAGUCUCCGAGAAACAGAGUUGAUCGCGGCUCUGCCCUACACGUUUCACGCCAGCAAGAGACUGAAAUAUCAUCAGUCAUUGCGGUCUGCGCGUCGGUUCAAUGGCGUGUCACCAGAUGCCGCCACCAGCGCUGCUGUUGAUGUACGUCAUCAGAUACCGGUGAUAUUCGCGUGCGUCAGUAUGACCUAUCAGUUGUGCUUGAGUUUUGCCACGUUGUGGUACGUUGUGUCCCAACACUUGCAUUUGUACGCCAGGAAUGGUGUAUACUCACGUUUUGUGUGGGUCUAAUCGAGUAUUUACAUGUACAACAGCCUCGAGAUUUCCGUGAAUGUGCGAGAAGCAGUGGCGUUUGUCGGUAUGUGAAAAAAAAAAACCCGGCGCGGUGGUGAACAGUUCCUUUUAUGUUUCGCGCAAGCUGCAAGCGCUGGUCCCCUUCGUAUGUAUUUCAACACGGCGCGUACGUGAACUUCCCAAGCCACUUGUUUUUGUUUUGGUUGUUUGGUUGUUUGUGUUAAUCUUUAGUGGCGUGUGAUGAGGCUGUCGUCUGCUAGGAAACUUCUGUUCUUGGAAGCUUUCACCACGUGUGAUGCAAACUUUUUUUUUUUUUGUAAAGUUCCCCGUAACGAUUCCCCAAGCACUGAAGCUGCGUUGCAGGCACUGUGCUUUAGGAAAAAGCACGACAACAAAAAUAUUUCAGGAGGAGCGUUAGUCCAGAAAACUCUGUGCAAACUUGUGAGCUUUUGGCGUUUUUCGGGAAUUCAGGAAGCUGAAGUCAGCUUCGUCACUUGUUUGUCAGGACGCGAAAUGUUGAUUACUUCAGCUAGUAAUGAAAUUCUGGUUCGAGAGUGGUUAACGAGCCUCGACUCGAGCACAUCUGACCACCGAUGACUCGCAGCAAAGUUCUGGCUAAGCUGACUCACAUGAACGGAUGUUCAAGAACUUUGGCUAAUUCAGCUCCUGUAUGACAUGAGAUUUUCUCAGGCAUAAAAACAUAGCGGAUGUUUCGUUCUAUCAAAAGGAAAUGCUUGGUGGGGAGACUACGCGGUAUUUACCCUUUCACAUUGUUGUUGCGAGUGUGUGCAAGGGUCGUUGAACUUUUUGUGUCUGUGUAAUUUAUGCUCUGUCCUCUACGUUAUUUAAGUGAGAAACAAAAAAACCAAAGCGAAGCGUGUGCUUCACUCGCAGUUCGGUAGCAGCGAAUGUGAUCAUGUACCCGUACAAGAAAGCCUGUUUGUAUAGAAUUUCUAAGCGUUUGUUCAUUAGGUGUAUCUUUGUGAUUCUUGUUUAUACAUAAAGUGUCUUCACACCGCA